GGCCUGGGGACCCAGCGGCGAGCGGCGCCUCCCGAGCGCGCGGGGCUGUGGCCAGACGGCUGGGGCCGGGCGUGCGGCGGCCGCCACCCGCGACGCUCCGGAGGCCUCCGCUCGCUUCGCGCUCCGGCCGCCCGCAUGGACGCGUCGCAGAGGCGGAGCCGCCCCGAGGAGCCGGCCGAGCUCCCGCUGCCAGCCCGGGACUCGGAGGAGGAGGCGGAGGAGGGGAUGGAGCCGGGGCUGGAGGAGGAGGAAGAGGUGGACCCCCGGAUCCAGGGGGAACUGGAGAAGUUAAAUCAAUCCACAGAUGAUAUCAACAGACGGGAGACUGAACUCGAGGACAUUCGUCAGAAGUUCCGCUCCGUUCUGGUUGAAGCCACGGUGAAACUGGAUGAACUGGUGAAGAAAAUUGGCAAAGCCGUGGAAGACUCGAAGCCCUACUGGGAAGCCCGGAGGGUGGCCAGGCAGGCUCAGCUGGAAGCCCAGAGGGCCACACAGGACUUCCAGAGGGCCACCGAGGUGCUCCGUGCCGCCAAGGAGACCAUCUCCCUGGCUGAGCAGCGGCUGCUGGAGGACGACAAGCGGCAGUUCGACUCGGCCUGGCAAGAGAUGCUGAAUCACGCUACCCAGCGGGUCAUGGAGGCGGAGCAGACCAAGACGAGGAGCGAGCUGGUGCACAAGGAGACGGCAGCCAGGUACAACGCGGCCAUGGGGCGCAUGCGGCACCUGGAGAAGAAACUCAAGCGAGCCAUCAACAAGUCCAAGCCGUAUUUUGAACUCAAGGCAAAGUACUACAUGCAGCUGGAGCAGCUGAAGAAGACGGUGGACGACCUGCAGGCCAAGCUGGCCCUGGCGAAGGGCGAGUACAAGGCGGCCCUGCGGAACCUGGAGACCAUCUCGGAUGAGAUCCACGCGCGCCGGCGCUCCGGCACCAUGGGGCCCCGGGGCCGCGGCGUCGGGGCUGAGGGCAGCGGCGCGUCCGCUGAGGACCUGUCAGGAGGCAAGGGCGAGUCGGACGCUGUUUCUGUGGCCUCCGAGGCGUUCGAGGAUGAUAACUGCAGCACCUUUGUGUCUGAAGACGACUCGGAAACCCAGUCCCUGUCCAGCUUCAGCUCGGGCCCCACCAGCCCGUUGGAGAUGCCUGAGCGCUUCCCCGCGGCCGUCAGGCCCGGCAGCCUGGACCUGCCCAGCCCCGUGUCGCUGUCGGAGUUCGGGGCACUGUUCCCUGUGCUGGGCCCUCGCAGCGAAUGCAGCGGGGCCUCCUCCCCCGAGUGCGAGGUAGAGCGAGGAGACAGGGCGGAAGGGGCAGAGAACAAAACGAGUGACAAAGCCAAUCACCAGCACCGGGGCCUCAGCAGCAGCAGCGGGGACGGCGGCAAGGGCCCCAGCGGCCAGGCGGCAGAGGGCCAGGCCCUGGAGGCCCGGAUGCGGCGGCUGUCCCUCCAGCGCUCCACGGCCGGGGACGCGGGCUUCGCCGACGCCAAGGCGGUGCAGGUCGGCUGACCCGUGCGGGGCUCGGGCCCCAGCGCGCACACGCCGGUAUUUAUACACGAAACUGUACGGAGAACGUCGUGCCAAUAAUCCUUGAAUAUAUGCCAAAUCUUAAGCGUUUCCUCUAAACUGCACUAGUGAAGUUUCGGUGACCUUGAGGGCUGAAGAGGUCUCUUCUGGGGCAGGGCUCUGGGCUGGUGAGUUUUUCACCGCAGAGUUGUCGUGGCAGGUGGGCUGGGACGUUACCUGUCAGGGUCGCGGAAGCAAUAACUGGUUCCCAGGAAGGGCCUUGAGCCAGGAGAGGGGUCGGGGAGCUCAGCCCCCCGGGGUCAACGGCUCCCUCUCCCCGCCUCCCCCUGCAUCGUUCGGGAAAAUGGACUUGCUCACUCCUUUCCAUCCCAGGGGAUCUGGAGGAAAACAGGAACCUAAGACAAAACUCAGAUAUUCAGAACUACAUCUUUUUGACCCAGCGAAGGCUUAAAAGAGAUCCAAGAACACAAUUCACAUUCAUUACCUCUGGUUUUCAGAGGGGGCUUUUAACAAAAGUGUGUUUGCUGGGACAUGAAUUAAAAUCCUGUUCUAGAAAAGGUUACUGUGAGCUGCACUUUUGGGGGGGGCGGGUGAAUGCCAGGGGCAGCGGGGGCCUGUGGCAGAAGGGGACUUGCGGCUGUGGGAGCGAAGGUGCCGCCGCACCAGCUCAUCUGACCAGCCAAGUGGACUGACCGACUCGGACGUGCACGUGCGCCAGGGUCGCCGCUCUUGUCUAGACUGACCAGGUGUUGACUUCUCUGUAGGCUGUAACUUUAAAAAUAAAACUUUAUUUAAGGGUUGUGCUGCACUAGCAUUUCUUAGAGGAAAUGGUUCCUGCAAGCUAGGAGAGGGGUAGGCAUGCAUCGGCAAAGGCUGUUCUGUAGAAGCAAUGGCGUCUGUUAUGCUAAUGGUGUCAGUGUUAUAAGACUGCGUUCUCGUUUUCACGGUUACACAUAUUUAGGGCGCUGUAUUUUAUUUGUCCUUUUUUUGUUAAGAAAACUUAGUAUCCCGAGAAGAAAAAACAAAACCACCCAUCCAAGCUGCCCGCUGUCAGCUCACACGCGUGUCAUUUGUAAUCUCUUCAUCCUGUCGUGCUUUCUCCUUUUUUAAUGACUGAUCCGGUCUCCUAAUUACAAGGUUAUUUUGUACUUGUCUUAAUACCUCGAGUGUAAUAAAAAUGACUUGAGAAAAUGUCUACUUCA